GACCAGAGGGCGAUUGAGUGAAGUUCCUUCUUCCACUUCCUCCCUCUCUGCAACCUGACCCCUUGCUUCAGCUCAAGAUCUGAGACCCAAAUUUGCCCGUGUCUGCCGGCUGUUUGCCUUGACCUGACUUUCCUUUACCCCAGGCACUGUCCUCCACCACAGGUCUAAGGACAUGCAAGCCAUCAAGUGUGUCGUGGUGGGAGAUGGAGCUGUGGGGAAAACCUGUCUCCUUAUCAGCUACACCACCAAUGCCUUUCCAGGAGAAUACAUCCCCACUGUGUUUGAUAAUUAUUCUGCCAAUGUGAUGGUUGACAGCAAGCCUGUAAAUCUGGGGCUAUGGGAUACUGCUGGACAAGAGGAUUAUGACAGGCUGAGGCCACUCUCUUACCCACAGACGGAUGUCUUCCUGAUCUGCUUCUCCCUUGUCAGCCCAGCAUCUUAUGAAAACGUCCGUGCUAAGUGGUUCCCCGAGGUGCGGCACCAUUGCCCCAGCACUCCCAUCAUCCUGGUGGGCACAAAGCUGGAUCUUCGUGAUGACAAAGACACCAUUGAGAAGCUGAAGGAGAAGAAGCUUUCUCCUAUCACAUAUCCUCAGGGUCUUGCCUUGGCCAAGGAAAUUGCACCUGCUUUCCUCCCAACAGACUCUGUGAAAUACCUUGAAUGCUCAGCGUUGACGCAGCGUGGCCUGAAGACGGUGUUUGAUGAGGCCAUCCGAGCAGUCCUCUGCCCACAGCCCACCCGAACGAAGAAACGAGCAUGCAGCCUUCUCUAGGACAGUUCUGGCCCCAUCCUGAUGCCAGGUUCAGCCUCACAUGCAGGAGAGCGAUGCCUCCACCAUCCCGGAGCUCAGUACCUUCUGGCGGUCACUGUGCUUUUUACUUCUGCUAGCUUGAAAGACUGUUGUGGGUCUUCGGCACUGGUUUGUCCAUUUACACAAGUGCCCCAUGCCCCGGCUGCCCCAUCCUCACCACCUUUCAGAUCACAAUGAGACCCAAUAAACAGACCAGUCCAUAUGUCCUUGCCAAG